AUGGAGAUGAGGUUGCUACUCUUUGCUAGGUUUGUUCUGUUUGGGGCUACUUGCAUUUUUCAGGCUGCUAAUCCUGUCUCUGUGCUGAUUAAUACCAGUACUGGAGGAGAAUUACCUUCUGGACAACUCGUUGCAGUAAAGAGGCUCUCUAGGAAUUCUCAACAAGGCCUUGAAGAGUUUGGGAAUGAAGCUAGUUUGAUUGUAAGACUUCAACACCGGAAUCUUGUUAAACUCUUCGGAGGAUGUGUUCAUGAAGAUGAAAGAAUGCUUGUCUAUGAGUAUUUACCAAAUGAAAGCUUGAAUAAAUUCAUAUUCGAUGAAGCAAGAAAAAGACUAUUACCUUGGGCCAAGCGCUUCAACAUUAUUAUUGAUGUUGCCAAGGGUUUGGUUUAUCUACAUAAUGAUUCGAGGUUGAGAGUAGUCCAUCGAGAUCUCAAAGCAAGCAAUAUCUUAUUGGACAGUGAGAAGAUGCCCAAAAUAUCAGAUUCUGACCCGAAGGAGGAUAGAUAUCGGACUUCCUGUGAUACUUGGGAUUGUGAUAAUGCCCAAGUUCUGACCUGGUUUCAUAAUUCCAUGGCUGACCGUAUUGGAAUGAUGUUUUCCAAGUACAAUACUGCCAAAGAGGUGUGGGAUUAUUUACUAGGUGUCUAUCAACAGUCCAACUUUGCCAAGCGGUAUGAGCUGGAAACAGCUAUUCAAAAUGCUCGUCAGCGGGAUCAAACUAUUCAGGACUUUUAUAUUGAGAUGACAGGUCUCUAG